CCUCGCGCUGUUCCCUCCGCUCCAUCGGUUAGAUCCGGGGAGUUUCUCUCCGCGGAGACCCAAAUCGCAUCACUGGGCGACUGCAAACACACGCAUUCUCCUCUCAUUUGCUCCAGUCGCUGUCAUCAGGGGCAAAAACCACCAGCAAACACUAACCACACCUGGAUCUAUCUCUUAAAGCCGUGUAUUUCCACCUGAUGUGAGAGAGUGUUUUGCAGGGAGCAGUGAUGGGCGCGUUUGGAGUGAUUCUGAGGAGUUUACAUUGUAUGGGACUCUACAUCCAACUUGGUGCCUGUCUCAGACAAGCUGGAAGCGACGACGUGGAGAACCAUAUAUCCAACAACGCGGUGUUCACUGAGGUCCCUCAUGACAUCACGGCGCGGAGCGGGCAGGACGUGGAGAUGGCCUGCUCCUUCAGAGGCGCCGGAUCGCCCUCUUACUCGCUGGAGAUCCAGUGGUGGUACAUCAGGAACCACAGAGAAUGGACCGACAAGCAGACGUGGAGCACUAAUCAGGUGGUGCCGCAGAAUGAGAUGGCAAAGGACGCCACCAAAAUCAGUGUAGUGAAGGUUGCUGGAAGCAACAUCUCCCACAAGCUCCGUCUGUCCAGCGUGAAGCCGGCGGACGAGGGAACGUACGAAUGCCGUGUCAUUGACUUCAGCGACAGUAAGCUGCGGCACCAUCGUGUGCGGGCGUACCUGCAGGUGGAGCGACCCGAGGGGAACGCAGCUCCUCCGCUCCAUCAGGGGGCGACGUCACAAGAGGAGGCUCUGCAGUCUGACCACCACAAGCACCACAAACCCAGUCGUGAGCUCCGGAAGAGGUCUGCUGAUGACCGCACCACUGACUGCACUGAGAGCUGCGCGCUUUAGGUUCCUCCUCCUUCAGUUACUGCCCCACCACAUCACACCAAAUACCCAGAAUUCCUUACGCCUACCCCCAAACUAGGGAUAGCUCACCUGAAAAUGAACAAUCUGUCAUUUACACACUCUCAUGUUGUUCUAAACCCAUAUGACUUACGUUCUUAUUCCAAAAAAAAUAAUACUUUUUUUUCUUUCUUUUUUUGCCUUUUUAUUUUUUAGCCCCAGUCACUCUCCUUUUUUUGUCCUUUUGAUGCUUUAUUUCAUAGUUAUUUUCUGCUUUAAAAUUAUGCAAUAUAAAUACCUUUGUGUUUUAUGCAAAAAGAAAAAAGUGAGUUUAAGAGGUCUUGCCAUUUUUUUUUUUUUUGUUGCUCUAUUUUUGAAGCUUUAGUUUAUUCUUAUUUAUUUAUUUUGAAGCUUUAUUUUAUUUGAUUGUAGCUUCGUCCUUUUUGAAGCUUUAUUUUAUUAUUUGACUUGAUAUUUUAUUUUAUUUUUUUAGGCUUUUUAUUUUACCUAAUUGUAUUUGUUUAGCCCCGGGUCACUGUCUGUUUCCAAAGAGCAGCUUAAAUAUUCUGCUAAAUAUUAUUUUGUCUUUUAUGGAAGAAAGUUAAUCUAUUUAUUUUAUUUUCUCUUUUUGAAGCUUUAUUAUAUUAUAUUUUAUUUUAUUUUAUUAUAUUCUGCUAAAUAAAUUAUUUCGAGUUUUAUGGAAGAAAGUUAAUCUAUUAAUCUAAAUUUAUUUAUUUUAUCAAUUAAAAUAAAUAAAUUAUUAAUAAAUUAUUUAUUAAUUUUAUUAUUAUUAUAACUUUUAUUAAUAGCUGGAUCUAGUUCCAAAGAGCAGCUGAGACAUUCUGCAAAAUAAAUCAUUUUGUGUUUUAUGGAAGAAAGUGAGUCAUACAGGUUUAAAGCACCAUUGAGAGGAUAUAUAAUGACAAAAGUUUCAUUUCUGAGUGAACUAUCGCUCUAACAAAAGAUGUAUAUUUCUGUAUAAAAGCGAAGGUAGAUGUCUGUUCAGAAGCGAGUGCAUGUGACAAACAUUUCUAAUCAUAUGUGCCAGUGAGCAAGAAACCAAAUUAGACAGUGGAGUUCAAAUCUUAGGUCAUUCUUAGUUUGAUCAGAUCGAUGGUUUUGAUACGAUGCAUAGACGACGGCUAGAAGCUGCAGAACAGAGUAAAUGUUUGAAAUAUUCUUCAUCAGGUCUAAACGAUGACAUUUACAUGCUGUAAUAUUCCUAUCAUUGUUUACAUGUCUAAUAUUACAGGCACCAGAGGGUUUUAUUCUGGACUGGCAUCAAAGUGUGAUUUGAUAGGUGCCAGCUUUUGCAAAUCUGUUUCAUGAAGCUUUUGUCUCAAUGGAAGGACGGUGCGCAUACAAUAUUACGCCGUUUUGUGGUUUUAUGCAGCUUUAAAAAGAUCCUGAAAACACUCACAGUAUGUUUAAUGCUAUUAACAACUAUGGUUUCUUUGAUUUCUACAGUUGGAUUCAAUAGUUAUUUUUGUUUCUGGAAGUAAUACAUGUACAGAUUGUGUAUAUGAAGUAAUCCUACAAAAGACUGGUAUCACUUUCAAUGUAUGCCUUUAUCAAAUAAAAACACAUUGUACAUUGAUCUUAUGUCAUA